UGGCUCCCACUAUCCGUCAGGUCAAUUUGUAGUUUGUUUUUUGUUUAUUUGGGAAUUUGGAAUACCAAAAUACCACCACAGAUACCUCUUGUCUACUCUACUAGUCUACUUUCUUUCUGCCAAGUCGAGUCCGAUCCAAAGCAACACAGUAAUUUGUUUUUUCAAAAUUGUAUUUUUAAGUUUGUUUAUGUUUAGCAAUGCCUUGCACAAAGUGUAAUUCCGAGUUUACACUAUUAAAUUGGAAAAUAAAAUGUGGAGAGUGCGAAAGCAAGUUUUGCAAUAAGUGUUUGAAACGCAAAGAUGGUGUUCUUCAUUGUGAAGUGUGUCUCAUCUUGAUUAAACGGCCCCCGGACCCUCUAAAAUUGAUGGAUCUUAGAGUCAAAGACCUCAGGGACUAUCUAAACAAAAACAAUAUAUCCACAUAUGGUUUGGUAGAAAAGUCAGAAUUGGUCGACUUGUUUUGCAACAAAUGUAUUCCAGAGAAGCAACGAAAAGGCGUAGAUAAACUAACUGCCAACUUCGGCGAUCCUUUGAGACCGAUAAACGGAUUUUUAAAUAAUAUCGAAUCAGUAAUCACCGAACACAGACAUGGAUCAAGACCUACUACAGUUCCAGCACCUCCUAUUCCGAGAGAUCCUCAAACUUCUUCCAAUUUUGCUACACCUUAUCAUAGACCUGGUCCCACCCCUCCUCAAUCAACUCCACUUCUUAAUGUUACACCAGCACCUUCAGCUCCAUCGUUUGAGCCUUCUCCUGUAGAGCAACCAACAACAUCUCAGACACCAGAAAUCACUCCGGAAUCGAGUCCAGUGUCACAGAGGCAUCCGAAAUUGGAAGAUUUUGAUAAUGCUGAGAAUUUGAGCGAACUGAGCUCAAAGCAAUUGAAGAUUCUCUUAUCUUUCAAUAGGGUGGAAUAUAGAGGAUGUAUUGAGAAAGGUGAAUUAUUAGAAAGAGCUCAAAGACUCUGGGAAGAUAAUAAUAAAAAUAAAGAUCUUCCAGACAAUACUCCAUCUGAAGAAUUAUGUAAGCUCUGUAUGGACGCACCAUUAGACUGUGUUCUUCUUGAUUGUGGCCAUAUAACUUCUUGCAUCGAAUGCGGAAAAAAAUUAGCAGAAUGUCCCAUAUGUCGCCGUUUCGUAGUGAAAGUCGUAAGAACAUUUAAGGCUUAGAGAAAAUUAAUUGCAUCUAUUUUAAUUUGAGCGAUUAAUAAUGUGAUUUCAAUAACUACUGUUUGGGUGAUAGAUAUUUUAUCUAUAAGAUACUAUACGUUUUUGAACAAAUUAUUUAGUUAGGUAGUUUAUAAGUUACAAAAAUUUUCUAGGUUCGUGUUUAAACAAAUAGGAAUUUAAAAUAAAUUUAAAACUGUUGUUGCUUUUUGCGUUAUGUAAAGUCUGUAGCUAGAACCGUUGAUUGAUAACCGGGUUCAAAAAAAAUAUUUCAAAAGAGUUAUUGCAUGGAAUUUGCAAUCAAUGUUUGUUCAUGCAGAUGAUAGUGAAAUAAUUGUUGCCUCUUUUAAGGUAUAUUAUAUUGUGUUCUUUUAUUAAUAGCAUAAUUAUUGUUAUUUUCACCUAACCAUUAUUUUUCUUUAUAAAUAAUUAGGUACUUUAAAUUAAUGACAUUGUCUUUGUUUAUUAAUCAAUCAAUUAUUUUUAUUCAUCAAACAAUAUAGCUACCUCUUUCUGCUA